CCUAUCCAUUUCACGUUCUCUCUGGUAGAGCAAAGCUUAGAGAAAAUGGCUGUAGAGAUAAUCAGCAACACCAUCUUGAAACCAUCUCCUUCAUCACCACCCCAUCCCUUCCUCAACUCUCUGAUACCUCUCACCAUCUUCGACCGGGCUGCCUUCGAUCUCCAUGUCACGAUCCUCUACGCCUUCCGGCCACCUAUGCCCACCAAUGAGGCCAUCAUCGACGGCCUCGCCAAAGUCCUAAACUACUUCCCCCAACUUGCCGGACGGCUAACAAUCGACAACCAACGUCGCAAAAGCAUCCUUCUAAAUAAUGCCGGGGUCCGUGUAGUCGAGGCCCGUGUUGGGACGACGUUGGUGGAGCGGCUCCCAUUCAACCCAUCCCAUGAGCUAACCAACUUGCACCCGCCCAUCGAGGGUGUCGAGGAAUUGCUACAGAUCCAACUCAAUCGUUUCACCUGCGGUGGGCUAGUGAUCGGCCAGACGGCCCACCAUCGUGUGGCUGAUGGCCAAUCAAUGAGUUCAUUCUUCCUUUCAUGGGCUAAACUAGUCCGAGACCUCAACGUGGACCCACUUCCUUAUCAUGACCGGGCAGCCAUUUCGAUCCCAAGGAAUCCACCCAUGUGUGAAUUCAACCACCGGGAAAUCGAAUUUAAAGAUAACAAGGCUCCGGCUCUUACGACAGCCAUUGCCGACGCAUCGUCACUGUCGAUUAUGAACUUGGUCGUGAAUUUCUCGCCUGAAUUCAUAACCCAACUCAAAACACAUGUUUCCGACGGUAAUCCAGGCAUCCGAUACAGCACUUUCGAGUGCCUUCUUGCCCAUGUAUGGAAGAAGAUAACAUUGGCUCGUGGUCUCGGAGAUGAUGAGCUCACCCAAGUGAGGGUGGCAGUCAAUGGCCGUGCUCGGAUUAAACCAGCAGUGCCCAUGGAGUAUUUUGGAAACUUGGUGCUUUGGGCCUACCCAAGAUUGAAAGUUAAGGACUUGUUGAAGGAGAGCCAUGCAUUCGUUGCGAAAACGAUCCAUGAAGCUGUGGCCCGCAUCGACAAUGCAUACUUCCAGUCAUUCAUCGACUUUGGAGAGCUGUUGAAGGGAGGGGAAGGGGAGGGGCUGGUGGCGACAGCGCCGGACUUGGGGAACUCCCUGUGCCCUAACGUGGAGGUUGAUAGCUGGCUGAGAUUCCAAUUCCAUGAUCUUGAUUUUGGGAGUGGUGGGCCAUGUGAUUUUCUCCCUUCGGAGCUGCCUGUUGAAGGGCUAGUGAUCUUUGUGCCUUCAUGCAAAGAAAAGGUGGUUUGGAUGCAUUCACAGCUCUUUUGAAUGAGCAUGUGGCCCACUUCAAACAGAUUUCGCACUCCUUGGACUAAGCUAAACCUGUGGGCGUGCAGGAUUAUUUAUAGAUCUUAGUAUAUGUUUUAUUU